CCUACACACCGAACGCAACAACGAUGCGAAACACGAUUUUUCUCCUCUGUUGCAGUGAAUCUGUUGCACCUGAUUUCAAGUACCUUCACACCGCAAGAUACAACAAACCCGUUUCCAUGUUCGCGCAUGCGCAAAAACAGACAUUUAACAGCGAGAGCUCUUUUUUUUUUCUUCUUCUUCUUCAGAAUCUUGUUUUCCUGUUUUUUUCUCGUGUAUUUUCCAAGUUUUGAUGCUUCGAACGAUCUCUUCUAAUCUGCCAAAAUUAACAUUGUUUUUCAUUUUAAUUUCUAAAUUUCAUUUAAAGAUUCAUUUUAAUUUUACGUACUUAUUAAUUGUUAUUUUUAUUUUAUAUUAGUGUAUUUUAAAAUGGAUAAGAAAAAAAUGAAAAAAUUACUAUUGCGUCGUAGAAUUCAGUUGCUACAAUUAUUGAAAACAAAUCAGCGCUCAUGGGUGAAAGAGUUAAAUCUUAAAAGAAAAGAGCAGGGACAUUUUAAUAAUUUAAUCCAAGAAAUGCGAUUAAAUGACCUGGACAAAACUAUCGAAAACUACCAAAAGUGUAAACAAUCCGAUCAAGAUGGAUUCAAGAUUUUCGCUUCACAGGGGAAUUGUGGGUAGCGAGUUAAAACAAAUCUGAUUGGCUCCCGGGUCUGCAACAGCGACGAAAAUUCAACUCAAUCCAAUUCUUGAAACCAGUGCGACGGCAAUUGCUGGCUGUUGCAACAACGGGAGAAAGGGAGAAGUGCGCAUGCGUCAAACCUCGGCAACAUGCGAUUUGUUGUUGUUGCAGUCGGUAUGAAGAAACCUUUAGAUGAACGCUUGUCUGAUCGCAACAGAACAGUUCCCUUGGAGAUACUGGAAAUUGGAAUGGGAGCUGGGGCGAAUCUCCAGUUUUAUCCAGAAAAUUCUAACCUGACAGCUUUAGAUAUCAAUCCAGAAUUUGUGAAAGUUUUCAACAAAAAUAGAAAGAAUUAUCCUCAGGUGAAUUAUAGAAGGACGGUUUUAAACAUGGCAGAAGACAUGAAAGAUGUGCCCGAUUCGUCGUUUGAUGUGGUCAUCAACACUCAUGUUCUGUGUUCUGUUCAAAGUGUCAAUGAUGUACUGAAAGAAGUGAAAAGAGUACUUAAACCAGGAGGAAAAUAUAUCUUUCUGGAACACGUUGCCUUUCCAAGAAAGGAAUGGGGAUACAUGCUUCAAAUAUUUGUUACGCCGAUAUGGAAUAUCUUCUUUGACAAGUGCUGGCCCAUUCGAAACAAUGAGGAUUCCAUCCGAAAAGCUGGCUUCAGCGAUGUAUAUUGUGAAACUAAAUACCCUCCUAAACUAUUACUUUAUUUUAGACCACAAUUACUUGGUAUAGCUAUUAAAUAAUGUUUGAUACUUUU